UCUCUACUAAUUAACAUCGCUUGUCGUGAUGCCUCUUGCUGCACAUUCAAAAUCACUUGGAGAUGGUUAGUGAUUAAAGAUCCCGUGUUGUCAAGGAGACUUGCAGGCAUAGCUAUGGAAUCUUCGGCGAUUGCUGCGGCUGGCUUCCUGGGCCAGAGGGUGUUUGCUCUCCUCCAACUCGAAGAGAAACUCAAAGAAUUGGUUGGUAUUGAAGCGAGGAUGGAGAAUCUCAAGGAGUUGUCAACAAUUAUUGACACGGUAAUCCAAGAUGUUGAGGCCUGUUCUGUGACGGAUGCUGCUUUGAAGAACUUGCUUAGGAAGCUCAAACACUUAGCCUACGAUCUGGAGGAUGUCGUUGAUUACUAUGACACCGAAGCUUCACGGAAGGAAAGAUCAAGAGCAUAUUCAGGCCGGUGCGCGAUUUCUUCUCUUUUAAUAAUAAUCAACUUGUAUUUAAGAGCAGGAUAAGUGGCAUGAUAAAAGCAGUGAGGAAGAAUCUAGAUUCUAUUUUGAAGCAAAAGUCCAUCCUUGAAAAUUUGCGACAAGGCACUAAUCGGAUCUCACUAAGUGCCUACAGAGGGAUCCACCCGCAGAAUAGCUUGGAUGUUAAAGGGAGAGAAACAGAGAAGGAGAUGAUUGUCAACAUGUUAACAGCUGAUGAAGGAAGCAGCAAUGAUACAAUGAAAGUCAUCGCCAUCGUUGGGAUGGGUGGCUUGGGGAAGACUACACUUGCUCGCCACGUUUUCAAUGACGAGAGGGUGAAAUCUUAUUUUGGAAAUUUUAGAAUGUGGAAAGUUGUUGGAGCAGAAUUUGAUCCCACCAAAAUAAUGAAGUCUGUUUCAGAACUGGCUGCUACUGCCAUUGGCGCACCGGUCAACACCUCAGAACCCGGGAUAAUAAUGAAGUCUAAUUUACAAUUGGCUACGCAAGCACUGGUCAACACCUCAGAACUAGAGAGAAUGAAGUCUAUCUUACAAUUGGCUAAGGGUGCACCGGUCAACACCACAGAACUAGACUUAAUGAAGUUUAUUUUACAAUCGGCUAAGGGUGCACCGGUUAACACCUCAGAACCAGAGUUAGUGAGGGGAGAACUGGAAAAAGCUUUAUCAGAUAAGAGAUUUCUGCUCGUGUUGGAUGAUGUAUGGAAUGAAGAUGCAUUACCUUGGAGGGAGCUGAAAGAAGCCUUAUCAUGCGGGGCAAUAGGAAGCAAAGUUUUAGUGACUACCCGUAAUCAAAAUGUCUCUUCGAUAAUGGGCUCAUUCAAAACCCACCACAUACAGCAGUUGUCCCGGGAUGAUUGUUUCUCCUUGUUUCAGCAAUUUUCUUUUGGUGACGAAGAACCAAAUGAGAAUUUGAAGAAAAUCGGUGGAAAGAUUGUUGAGAAAUGUGGUGGUGUGCCCUUAGCUGCCAUAUCUAUUGGCAGCAUGCUCCACAGCACUCGAGAUGAAACUUAUUGGUCCUCGGUAUUGAACAGUGAAGUAUGGCAGCUCAAAGAUGAGGACCAAAAGUUAUUACCUGUGCUCAAGUUGAGCUACGACGCUCUCCCUCUACGGUCAAAGAAGUGCUUUGCAUUUGGCUCUCUAUUCCCAAAGAACUACGUAAUGGACAAGGAUGAGUUGAUUCAGAUGUGGACAACAAAUGGUUUCGUAUGUUCAGAUAGGAAUUUUGAUGCUGAAACACUUGGCAACCGCAUCUUUGAUGAUCUAGUACUGAGGUCAUUCUUUCUCUUGGCACCUUCCGAGAAGUGCGAUGAUGGUCGUCAUGUAACCAAGUGCACAAUGCAUGAUUUGAUGCAUGACCUGGCACGAUUAGUAUCUGAAGAUGAAUAUUGCAAUAUUAAAGAUAAUCAAGUAAAAAAUAUUCAAAAGAGAACAUACUAUUUAAGGAUAGAAUAUACAAAAGAGAAAAUUUCUUUAUUCAAGAAGGAGAAGCCAUUGUACUUGCGGACCUUGUUAUUGAGAAAAUGUAAUUUAUCUGGGAAGGUUCAUCUGCUUCAGUUUAUCUUCUCAGAAUUGAAAUUCUUGCGGGCAUUAGAUUUAAGUGAAAAUGGCAUCAAAGGGGUGCCGACAUCCGUUGGAAAUUUGAUACAUUUGAGAUACCUCACUUUGUCUAAGAAUAAGAUUAAAUUUCUACCUGACACCAUUACUCUUCUCCAGAAUUUGCUAUUUCUCAAUCUCACUGAGAAUCCCCUUCAAGAGUUACCAAAAAGAUUAAGGUAUAUGCAAAGCCUUUGGUAUCUUUAUUGCGAUUGUGAUUCUUUGACUCACAUGCCCCCCGGGUUGUCUGGACUGACUAGUCUUCGAAGUUUAUCAAGCUUUGUUGUCGAGAAUAGAACUGGCUCAUGUUCAAUUACACAACUUGAGGAUUUGAAGCUUCAUGGAGCAAUGGAAAUCAAAUUUUCCAAGAAUUUCAGCAGUUAUUCUUGUGGUGGUAGAAAAAUUUUCAUGAAUAAAGAUUUUAAUGAAUUAUCUUUAUCAUUUAAUUGUUCAACCACUAAUGACAUGAGCAUGCUGGAUGAUCUUUGCCCCAACAAGAGUUUAAAGAAGUUGAAGAUAUGCAAUUACGGGAGCCGACACUUUCCAACAUGGUUGAUGGAGUCCCAGUUACCAAAUUUGGUUGUAGUUAUUCUACAAAAUUGCAAUUUCUGCGAGCAUAUUCCUCAUUUUAGAAAUCUCCAAUUUCUUAGAAAGCUUGUCAUAGAUGGAAUGAGUGGUGUGAAACACAUGGUUGCCGAGUGUCAUGGGCACGGGCCAAUCAGAGGCUGUCCUUCCCUCCAAGAGUUUAAAUUGAUAUCGAUGACUAAUUUAGAGGGAUGGUCAGAGUCCGAUGGUGUCGAUGAGUUGUUCCCUAUACUGAAGAAACUGGAGAUUUGGAAUUGUCCAAAACUGAAAAACAUACCAAAACUUCAAACAAUUGAACUUCUUAAGCUACAUGACUGCAGUGGGAGCCUACUUUCAAGUGUUGGAAGAAUGACUUCUCUUUCUCAUCUCAAACUGGAGGACGUGAAGGGCAUGACAUCUCUUCCAAGUGGCUGCUUAAGAAACCUCACAUCCUUGAUGAAAUUGGAAAUUAUAAGCUGCCAUGAACUCCAAUUUCUACCUAUGGAUGAAAUGCAACAGCUAACUAUGGUUCACUCAUUGUUCAUCCAGAAAUGUUUCAAUCUCCGUCUCCAAAAUUGUGACAGCAACACAGCGCAGCCAGAAAUACUUGUACAAAUUCUAAAUUCACUGCAUGAGUUCGACAUCCAGAUUUGUUGCAAGAAUGGGAAUUUACGAGGGCAACUGCAACACUUACACAGACUCGGACAAUUGUCGAUAAGUGGUUCACAUCAUAACUUUGAGCAAUUCAUGUCAAGUUCCAUUAAGGCAAAUUUACGUAUUUGUUGUUGUGAUGAAUUAGAAUCCUUGAUGACAGAAGCACCAUCAACCAGUGUGCUAGAAGAUCUACGCAUAUGCAAUAUCCCCAACCUCAUGACCUUACCUGAAUGGCUACAACAUCUCGGAUCACUUCGUCAGCUAUGGAUCUACAACUGCUCCCUAUUAGAAUCGCUUCCAAGGAGUCUACAGGAACUCCGUUUGCUGGAAUAUUUGGCGAUUAUUAGGUGUCACCGACGACUGAACAGAAGAUGCAAAAGGGUGACAGGCGAAGAUUGGCCCAACAUUUCUCAUGUGCGAUAUAUUCUGAUUUAUCCAGGAGAACCUCUAUGCGAUGUUGCAGCUCUAUGCUGUGCUGCAGCUCUAUGCUGUGCUCCAUUACUCUUAUGCUGCCUUGUGUUAGAAUAUUUGAAAAGUCCUUCAGAGUCGAUCCCACAAGAUCGAGAGAGACAUAAUUUCAAUUGACAGUAUGGAAGCAGACCAAUCGGUUCUACGCACUCUUGGACUGGCUGUUGGGGGUUUUGCUAAAUAUUUCUUUUAAAUUGACUUUGUGCAUAAUUAGACUUGUUAUAAACAAA